CAUUUCGGCUCCUGUUAGUUUCUCGAGUUUUGCAAGUUUUUGUUAUAGUUGAGUUCUGAUUUUUGGCUGACCUGUGCAGUGUGUGCUCAUCUUCAAUCACUACAAAUUUCAAAUUCUCAUCUUGAGUGGUUGCUGUUAUUUCAACAAUUUAUUUUGAUCAUGCCUAAUUCUUCGCCAGCAGUGCUAAGGAGCAAGCUAACCAAGGUCGCAACCGGCAGCGAUAAGGGUUCGGCAUCAAGCGAUCGCCCGUCGUCCGCAUCAUCCUCGUCAUCAACCAAGGGGGAGGGGUGGCCGGCUGAUAAAGGUAUGCUUAAACAAUUUGUAGCCGAACUCUUGUCAGAUAACAAGUUCCUUGACAGUCUCGUUGACCGUGUUGUGAUAAAACUAAAUGAUACUCUCGAUGAACUGAUUAAAGCACGUAUCCAGAGCGAGUACGAACCGCGUUUGUCAGCGAUGGAGAAAAGAAUCGACUCAUUAGAGGCGGAAAUACAGGACAUCAAUAAAAAGGCAGCAUCUCGAUCCGAUUCGUAUGAGCGCAAGUUAGACGCUCAAGAACAGUAUCAACGGCGUAAUAAUGUUCGAAUAUUUGGCCUGCCGGAGACUAAAGGAGAAAAUAUCACCGAAAUUGUCACAAAACUAUGUGGUGAAAAAUUAAAAAUUGCGGUGGAUGCAGCGCAGAUCGACCGCUGCCACAGAGUGGGACGUCUUCCGGGAACUGGAGUGACUCAGACGAGACCACGAGCUGUUAUCGUCAAAUUCGUGAGCUACCAGACCCGGCGCUCGGUGUUAUCGGCGAGGAGGCAGCUCAAGGGUUCUGAUGUCACCAUAAGAGAGGACCUCACUAGACGAAGACAUGCUCACUUCUGCGAGGUUGCCGCCAGAGUGGGUAUCCGGAAUGCGUGGACGGUCGACGGCAGAGUGAUGUGGCGCGAGGGUGACAGAAUCCAUUCCACUUCGUCACAGCCACCUUGUCUAUGCAGCAGGAUGACGAUGCGGCCGCGCUGAGUGUCGGCGAUUCCCUCAAGCGGGCAUUCUCUCCUUUCCCGGAUCGACUUAAGAUCGCUCAUGUUAAUGCGCAAUCCCUUCUCUGUCAUAUAGAUGAAUUUAGGCACACUUUCGAGGGCAAAGAUUGUGACGUCAUUCUUAUAUCCGAGACCUGGUUGAAACCGACAAUCCCUAAUCGACUUGUUGCACUCCAGGAUUAUGUGCUCAUUCGGAAUGACCGGUUACACAAGAAUGGGGGAGGGGUUGCUGCAUUUGUCAAGCGUUCUCUGCUGCCUGUUCAUAAGUUUUCCUCUGAUACCUCCCGUGCAGCUAGACCUGAAUACAUGUUUAUUGAGGUUAAGUGUAACGGAGUUAAAAUGUUAAUAGCAGUUUGCUACAGGCCGCCUCAUAUUGGGUACAUGUCAGAAUUUGAGGAAGCACUACUUGAGCUGAUGGUGCCCUAUGAACAUGUGGCUAUCAUGGGUGACUUCAAUACUGACUUACUUGGACCUGAUACUCAUGACAAAAUACAACUGACCACUAUGUUUUUUGCGAAUGGUAUGACCUUGCUGCCUCUCCAAGCUACGCACCAUACAUCCACUUCGGACACAUUGCUUGAUCUUAUUGCAGUUGCCGAUGUGAGAGCAGCUGUGUGCCAUGGGCAGAUCCCCUUUCCAGGCCUUUCUGCACAUGAUAUGAUAUUCCUAGUUUAUAAUAUUAAGAGGCCUAAACCUAAACCAAAAAUAAUCACUUACAG